GCGUUGCCUUUGACAAAACAAAAAACGUACUUCAUAUAUCCAAGUGAUAAAUAUCUAUUGUCGAAGUUUAACGUUAAAUUUCAGUGAUGACAUCGCAACAUUGUAGAUAUUGAUGAUGAAGAUCCUUAACGCUGCCAAGUACCUGACUCAAAUUUAUCUCAACAAUCUGGCGCAAAACAAUGAAAUGGGCGAGCCUGAUAGUGGAGGCAGGGCCCUCAAUGUCGGCAAUGGAAGGUGUAUGAGUAUACAGGCUAUGCAAGCCCUCUUCGAAUUCUGGGAGAAACACCAGCUUUGCGAUGCUACCAUUGUACUGGACGAUGGCACGGAAAUUCCUGUUCAUAGAGCUGUUUUUUGCGCUUGCAGUUCGUAUUUCAGGGCCCUUUUUACCACUCCCCUGCACAACGAAUACAAGAGUAGGGUACAUCUGCCCGGAGUUUCAAAGGAGAUGAUGCAGACCCUACUGGAGUACAUCUACUUACGGAAACUGGACAUCAACGACCAGAACGUCUACGACGUCCUCAUGACCGCCGACUACCUCAGCAUCCUGGGAGUCUUGGACAUCUGCUGCGACUACCUGGAGAGCAUACUGAAACCGAGAAAUUGCAUCGGGAUCAUGCUCUUCGCCAGAAAUCACUUUUGUCGAGAACUUGCAAACAAGGCCUGGAAAUUCAUAAUGAAGAACUUCCCGCAACUGGCCGUCCAGAGCGACGAGCUGCUGGAACUGCCGCUCAAGGACUUCCAGGAGAUCAUAAAUGCGGACUAUUUGAACGUCAAGAGCGAGGAGACGGUCUGGGAGACGAUACUCAAAUGGAUCAACCACGAGUCGGACAACAGGAAGGUCCACAUAGUCGAUCUCAUGAAGUGCAUCAGACUGGGACUGCUCGACACCCAGUUUUUCCUGGAAAGGGUGAAGGAUCACCCGUUCGUUACGUCCUGCGAGGAGAGCCGGCCAAUGAUAAUUGAGACGUUGAAGUUUUUGUACGAUUUGGAGAUGAUAACUUCUCGAGAUGGUGAAGUGAUAACUCCAGAGAUAGCCAGACCGAGGAUUCCACACGAGAUACUAUUCGCGAUUGGAGGAUGGAGCGGGGGUUCUCCCACGAAUUUCAUCGAGACUUACGACACAAGAGCUGACAGAUGGGUGCGCGUGGAGGAGGUCGAUCCAACUGGUCCUAGGGCGUACCACGGUACCGCUGUGGUCGGUUACAACAUUUACGUCAUAGGCGGUUUCGAUGGAAUGGACUACUUCAAUUCUUGCAGGUGUUUCGACGCGGUGAACAAAGUGUGGAAGGAAAUAGCGCCGAUGCACGUACGACGUUGUUACGUGAGCACGGCCGUCUUGAGGAGCAAAAUUUACGCCAUGGGUGGCUACGAUGGACAUCACCGACAGAACACAUCCGAAAAAUACGACCACACGACCAACCAGUGGUCGCUGAUCGCGCCGAUGAAUAUGCAGAGGUCCGAUGCGAGCGCGUGUACGCUGAAUGAUAAGAUAUACAUCACAGGUGGAUUCAACGGGCAAGAAUGCAUGCAUUCGGCGGAAGUCUACGAUCCGGAAACCAACCAAUGGACCCUCAUCAACCCGAUGCGUUCCAGAAGAUCGGGGGUCUCCUGCAUAGCCUACCACGGCCACGUCUACGUCAUCGGAGGCUUCAACGGGAUAUCCAGGAUGUGCAGCUGUGAGAAAUACAACCCACAAGCCAACAGCUGGUCGCAGAUCCCCGACAUGUACAACCCUAGGAGUAACUUCGCGAUCGAAGUGAUAGACGAUAUGAUUUUCGCCAUAGGCGGCUUCAAUGGUGUCACUACCAUCUACCACGUCGAAUGCUAUGACGAGAAGACGAACGAAUGGUAUGAAGCCACCGAUAUGAACAUAUAUAGAUCGGCUCUUUCGGCUUGCGUGAUCGACGGACUACCAAACGUAAACGACUACAUCCAUAAGCACAGAGACAGGCUGAUGGAGGAGAAACGUCAAAAGCUCAUAGCUAUCGAGAACCAAAGGCAGAUGGCCGGGGUGGCUAACAAUGCUAACAACGUGAACCAACAGGAGAACAUCGUGGCUGCGGUGAACGCUAACAUGCAGCAGCUGAACAUACUGCAGCAAUUGAACGCGAACGUGAACCCGACCUUGCCUGAACAUGAUGACGGAGGGGUGAUGGAGGUGGACGACAACGAUGAGGAUGGCUUGUUGUAAUAUGGUUCCUUUUCGGUACUUUCGGGGAAAAUUUUUUAUGACUCAAUAAAAGACUUACUAAUGUGACUGUGCUUUGAUAACUAGAGUAAUUAGGUAAUCCAUUUUUAUAUAUCUACUGUAUAUUCAUAUACUUUUAUAAUAUUAUUUCCGAAUAUCGACAUCUUUGUUUCAUUUUUCCAACUAUCAACUGUUUUAUUGACAAUAAAUCUGGUUUGUAUUUUU